AUGGUGAAAUUCGCCGAAGAUACAGGUUUUAAAUUACUAACUUCGACACCAUACUAUGCACAGGCAAAUGGUCAAGUUGAAGCAACAAAUAAAAACACCAUUGCUAUUAUUAAACGAAAAAUAAAAGCAAAGCCCAAGAACUGGCCUGAAAUAUUAGGCGAAGCUUUAUGGGCAUGUCGAACGUCUCCCAAAGAAUCGAUAAACACUACACCGUUUAGGUUAACAUUUGGUCAUGAUACUGUACUACCAGUAGAAAUUCUGUUGCAAUCAGUCAGAAUUCAAAGGCAAUGCAAAAUACCAUUUAAUCAUUAUUGGGACAUGGUCAUAGACGAAUUGACCGAUCUCGAUGAAGAAAGAUUAACAGCAUUAGAAGUCCUUGCAAGACAAAAAGAAAAGGUAGCAAAAGCAUAUAAUAAAAAAGUAAAAUCGAAGUUUUUUGCCCAAGGUGAUUUGGUAUGGAAAGUGAUCUUACCAAUGGACAAAAAAGAUAGAGCUUUGGGAAAAUGGUCACCCGGAUGGGAAGGACCAUGGCAAAUAUUAAGGGUCUUUUCGAAUAAUGCUUAUGAGAUCGAGGAAUUGAACGACGAUCGAAGGAUUCUACGAAUAAAUGGAAAGUACUUGAAAAAGUAUAAACCAACAUUGCAGGAAAUUAGAAUCAUACAAGAGUAA